UUUUUUAAAUGAUGUUGGUUCAAGAAUCUUGAUAAAAUUAUGAAGAUCAGGGAAGGGAGCAUUUAAUAACAUAGUGGCAUAUUCAAAUGCCUAUUAAGCAGAUUUUAGUGAAAAAUCCCAUCUUAUAAUAUUGAGAAGUGAUUCUACAAUUUACAUAAAUAGGGAUUAAAAGUUAUAUCUCUUUUCGAUCAAGUUUGAGAUUAAAGCUAGAGCAAUAUUAGAAAUUUCUAGAUUAGAAUGUCGUAAGAAAUUUAUGAAUUGAUUUAAAAGUAGGGAAUAUAUA